AUGAAUGAAAGGAAAGCUACUAUGUUGAAUACAUCUGAAUAUGAAUCUAUGACAUGGUUUCUUCACAUGCUAAAAGACUGGAUUGGUUUUGGUUACUUGGAGGACUUUCUGAACACUGUACUUCAGCCUCUACUGCUAUUACUAGUAUUUUUUCUGCUUAUUUAUUAUGUAACUGCAGGCAUUGUUUUAAUUUGCUAUGCAUGCACAUUUUGUUUAUAUAUUUGGAAGAAAAAGUAUAACAUAAAAGGAGACUUUUCCGAUGAGAUAUGGAAAAAACCAAAGCUUUGCAUAGCAAAUUUGGUGAUUUUAUGCGGAAAGAUAUGGCACGGUUAUGAGGUUAUCGGUAUGGAGAAUCUACCCCAAGGACCUGGACUGAUUGUUUAUUACCAUGGAGCAGUAGUUUUUGACUAUAUCAUGCUUAUAGCUAAAGUCUAUGCAAAGACUGGAAGAACAAUCCAAUCUGUGGUUCAUUGUUUCUUUUAUUUAAUACCAGGUAUAAAACUAUGUCUUGAUAUAGUAGGUUGCAUCGAAGGCAAGCAAACAUUCUGUGCUGAUGUUCUGAAUAGGGGCUACUUAUUAGGAAUAGCACCUGGUGGAUUGAGAGAGCAAAAUUUUAGUAAUGAAAACUACAAUCUGGAGUGGAGUACCCGUACGGGAUUUGCUAAAGUGGCUUUAAAAAACAAAGUGCCAAUCAUCCCUAUGUUUACAGAAAAUCUCCGUGAAGCCUACAGGACAGUUGGAAACACAAGUUUAUCAAAAUGGCUGUAUGAGCACUUUCGAUUUCUUUGUCUCCCAAUAUAUGGUGGGUUUCCUGUCAAACUCCGCACCUACAUUGGAGAACCCAUCCCGUAUGACCCAAAUCUAACUGCUAAGGAGCUAGCUGAAAAAACAAAGAUUGCGAUUGAAAAUCUCCGAGACAGACACCAGAAACUACCUGGAAAUAUAUUAAGAGCUUUAUUGGAACGAUUUGAUAAAAACAAGAAAGAUGCCUAA